AUGACAAUCUUCAUAAAAAAUCAAGAAAGUUUGGAUCCACACAACGAUAAUACUCGCAGCAGAGGCCUGGAUACAAAACACAAAGAGGAUGCCCAUGACCCCAACACAGAAGGAUUUGUCUUGGAUAAGGUGGAGGCGCUCAAGGCUAAAAAGGAGGAUGACAAUAUGCCAAAUCAAAUAGCAAGUCUGGUGGAGAGAAUGCUUAAGAAACAGGUUCACCUAAAGGAGAUAGGAGCAGACAGUACUGAUAGCGCUAGCGAAGAAAGGGUCUCACUAAGUAUAUGGGACUUUGCCGGACACGACAUAUACUACACAACCCAUCAGGUGUUUCUGACAUGGCGAGCCAUCUAUGUGAUAGUCUUUGAUCUCAGUAGAAGUUUGGAUUCAGUCGUUCCUCCUGAAUCCAGAGACAAAUAUUAUGAAAUGGCCAAAGGAGGUGCGAAAUCAGAACUGACAUGUCUAGAGUUCAUCAAUUUCUGGUUGUGUUCCAUCUUCGCCCAUGCUGUGGCGCCCUCUUCGGUCAGGAAUAAGGAUACGUCUAAAACCGCUCAGAAAUCUCCACCAAUAUUCAUCGUUGGAACCCAUCGAGACAGUGUGCAAGGAAACGCAAAAGAGAAAAAGGAAAAAAUUGGCUCUGCCUUUGGGAAGAUCCGUGAAUCUAUCAUGGAGAGACCGUUUCAAUGCCAUGUGGUCCCCAAGUAUUAUGCCAUUGAAAACAGCUUAGAGGACAAAGAUGAAGAGCUGGUCGAAUUGAGGAAACAUAUUGAGAAAGUAGCGAUGAAAGAGUCUUAUAUGGGGGAAGAGAUUCCGCUUAGAUGGCUCUUAUUUGAGGAAGCUCUAGCUGCAGAUAGCAUCAAUUUCAUGUCAUUAGAUCAGACCAAGAAACUGACGCAGCCAUUCGGGAUGGAAUCAGAGCGUGAACUUCUGACGAUGCUGACCUUCUACCAUGACUUGGGUUACAUAGUCUACUACGGAGGCAUUGAAGACCAGCAGUCUCUCCUACGAGACAUGGUGAUCCUGAAUCCUCAGUGGCUAAUUGAUGUCUUCAAGCAGGUCAUAACCAUUUUGGAUCCUGCAAAGAUGGACGGGAUCGUGAGUGAUGCUUGGACCACUCUUCGGAAACAUGGUAUCUUAGAGGAUAGGUUGAUUCAGCAUAUGUGGCAAGGCUUUUUGGAGCAGAAGGAGGCCUUAGUCAAGCUCAUGACCAAGUUUGAUCUCGUCUGUGAGGCUCCUGUAGAACGACUCCAGCAAGAGCAACAUUAUGAUGUAGACACUGAGGUGAAUCUCCAGCUAAAUGGUUCUCCGACCCGUGCUCCCGCAGCAAUGCCCCGGUGGCAGGAGUGGGAUGUGUGA